AUGUAAUUCCUAGUUUUAUCUGUCUUUAUUAUGAAAAUACAUUGUGGUUGGGAACUUUACAUAUCGGAAUUGAUGGACAGUUCAACAUUUUACUUAUGGAAGAACUCCAACAACAUUCCUUCAUCCAAUUUGCUACUAGUUUGCGAUCUUUAACCAGCCCUGAAUUCAAAAAUACUUCAAGGAGAUCUGUCCUUAACUCGAAUAAUCUCAAUGUCUGCAACCAGGGGAUUUAGUAAAAUUAGAAUCAGUUUUGAUAUCUACUAUUUGGGCUAAUGGAAUAUUGCAGAGGCUAUAACAGUAUACGCUAACAGUUUAUUGGUGCAUUAUGAAACUCCAAAGACCUAUAUAUUAGAAGACUUUCCAAUGCGAUAUUGUGUCUAGAGACCAUUUGGAAAAUCAACUUCUGAGAAAAUCUCAAGAAUAGAUUAAAUAAUAUCAUUUAAUGAUCCUCAAUUAAAUAUUGAAAUUGUUCAUGAGUAAGUUACAAGUGGUUCGACCAGUGAUUAUGGAAUUACAAAUUUCGUAUUAUAAGUUUUUUAUUGUGAUGAUCUAUGUGAAGAAUGUGAUGAGUAUUAAUGUUUGACAUGUAAAUUGGGAUACGAAUUAGUAUAAUAAUAAUGCAGAUGCAAUCCAACUUCAAAAUUUUCAUAUUUCAAUCCAAACCUAUAAUGUCUUGAUGAAUGUCCUAUAAAUCAUGUGCCUGAUUAGAAUGGUAUCUGCUAGUUGGCAACAAUAACAAAUAUCUAUGUGGAUCUGGAAUAAGAUAAUUUUGGUACUUACAAAUUCUAAUUUAUUCCUGAUAAGUAUUAUAGUACUGUGUAAUUGAUGGUACAAACAAUUGGAACCAAAAGUGUGGCUGGCAUGUUUGGAAACACAGACAAAAUUGUAUAUAAUGACAUUCUAUUACCUGCAAAUGAAAAAUAUGAGAUGAAAUUUACAUUGUAUAUGACAGGCAGAUUUUCUAGUUAGUUUCCAGAGGAAAUAUUAAUUAGCUUCAAUAAGUUUGUAGUAGCCAAGAUAGAUGAUUUUCAUACAGCGUUUUUGUACUCUUAUUUCAAACAGGGAUAUAGAGCUUUACCUAAGGAAAUUUGUAAUUCUGCUUAAUUUUAGACAUGUAAGUCAUACUCAAUUUCCAUAAUGUUUGACCUUUCAGAAACAGUCAGUGAAAUCGAAUUCAGCUCUAAAUAUGCUUUAUAUAAGUCUUCGCGAAAAUGGGGUAUCAGAGAUUUCGUAGUGAACAAAUAUUCAAUACCCAGUAGUUCAAUGAAUUGCUUAAACAAUUGCUUAACUUGUGAAUUCAAAACCCCAGAUAUCUGUUUGUCAUGUGGGAGUAGUAAGAAUCUGUUUAAAGGGAUGUGCAUAGAUCAAUGUCCAGAUUAUACUAGUGCGGUUAGUAAUGUUUGUGUGGAUUCUUAGAUGGUGAAUUUGAAUUAGGAGUAUUUGGUUAAUAUGUUUCAUGAUUUGAAUCCUUACUAUUUGGAGAGUUACGCAAACAAAUUAAGUAUGAAAUCGUACUCUUACUUUAUGAACAAGAUAAUUUUAGGGGGACUUGGUAUAUGGAGUAAUGAAUAGGUUAUUCAUCGUUUGAAAAACAAGAAACCAUUCUAUAGAAUAAAAGUAGAGUUCAUGUUAGUAUUCAUUGAUUCCAAGAACAAUCAAAUACAAUUCAGAACUAGUGUAAAUACUGAAAUUUCGACAUACUCUAUGUUUGGUAGUGGAAUUUCAGUGGGCAAUUAAGUUGGGUAAAAUGAGAUUGAGGUGAUUUAGAGUGUUAGUUAUACGAAAUCAUUCUAAUCAACUGAUGAAUUAUCAGUACAAUUACAUUGCAUUAGGAAUAUUGACAGUGAAGCAUAUUGUGGGAUCUAUGAUUACAGAAUCAUCAUCUGGACUUGUUAGGAUUAUUGUUUAGAAUGCGAUGAUAAUGGAAAUUGUUUGAAUUCAAUAAAUACAUAAAGUACUGACAUUAAUGGUUGCAAGUCUGGAUAUUACAAGAAUAUUAAUGGGGAGUGUACUAUUUGUGAUAUUGGAUGCAGUACUUGUACUGGAUACUAAGAUUGUGUAACAUGUAAAGCUGGGUAUGAAUUGAGAAAUAAAAUAUGUUAUUGUUCUAUUCUAAAGGAUGUGGUUGAAUAUUGUUCACAAAGCAAUUGCUUUCAUAAUUGUCAGACCUGCUUAAAUGAUAGAGUAGAUGUUGGUGUAAUACGUCCAAAGCAUCCAAAGAAUUGUUUAUCUUGUGAUGAAUCCAAAAACUUAUGGUUGAAUGUCAAUUAAUGCACAUGUCUAGAUGGAUAUUAUAUGGAGAAUUUCAGUUGCUAUAUAUGUUAUCCGACAUGUAGAAAGUGUUAAGACAGAGCUAGAGAUUGUUUAGCUUGUAUUCCAGGAUAGAAUAGAGUAUUAGAAUCAUCGUCUUGUGAAUGUCAAACAGGUUAUUUUCAAGAGGAUAAUGAUUUAGUAUGUUCUAAAUGUUCAGAUCUAUGUCUCGAGUGCAAUUUUACAAAAGAUCAAUGUAGUUAAUGUUACCCUGCCCACUAUAGAACACCUACGAAUGACACUUGUAUUUGUAUGGAUGGGUAUUAUGAUGUUGGUUAAUUGAUCUGUCAAAAGUGUCCAUCCACAUGCAAAACUUGUUUCGAUGCUCACACUUGUACAUCAUGCUAUGAUGAUCAAUAUAGAAUCAUGAGUAUUAACAAUUCAACAUGUACAUGUAAAUCUGGAUAUUUUCAACAAUCAUCUGAUGUUUGUGGAUAGUGUCAUUUAUCAUGUCUAGAAUGUUCUAAUAACACUAGUCAAUCCUGUACUAGAUGUCCUAGUACAAGGGAACCUUAAAUCACAAAUAAUACUCUUUAGUUUAGUUGCAAAUGUAGAAGAGGAUAUUAUGAAUCUAAUGACAAGUAGUGUCUGAGUUGUUAAGAUUAUAUCAAUCCUCCAGUUACUCAUUAUUGUUAUUCAAAGUGUGGAGAUGGCAUAUUACAAUGGAAUGAGGACUGUGAUGAUGGCAAUAAUAAUUACAGAGAUAAUUGUUAUAAGUGUUUAAAUGGUAACUCUUUUUGUUUAGAUUAUACAUGCACUUCUUGUGAUGCUGGGAGAUGUUCAGGUUGUAUUGAUGGAUUCUAUUUAACUCAAGAAUUCAUAUGCUUACCUUGUGAUCCAAGUUGUAAGACUUGCGUUAAUAGAUCAGACAAUUGUACAGAUUGUAUGGUCUAUUAAUCUGAUGGAUCUGGAUGUGUAAUGUGCAAUCAAGAGUAAGGAUAUCAGGUCUAGGGAGAUCAAUGUGUAAAUAUUUGUGGAGAUGGAAUCAAAGUCAAAAAUGAACAAUGUGAUGAUGGAAAUGUAGAUAACAAUGAUGGUUGUAAUCACUCCUGUCAAGUCGAAGAUGGCUAUCAAUGUUAGACCUUAUGCGAGAAGAUCCUCUACCCAUCUAUUCUAUUUGAAUUAAAUCCUUAAGAUGUAAAGUACAAUUCAUAAAGAACUGUGAGGAUUAAGACUGAUCAAUUAGUAUCGAUAUCUGGAAGUAUCAAUUCCAUAAUGAAAUUCAAAAUCAAUAAUUUAAAUCAAUAUGACAUCACCUUUGUAGACUUAACAUAAUACUCUGAUCAGUACAGUCAUUUAUUUCUUGAAUUAAAUAUUCAAUUGCAAUCAGUAGUCUCCAAUCCAUAAUUAAUUUGUCAGAUAAUAAAUCAAGAUGCCAUCAAAAAUUAAUAAGGUAACUCCUUUGAACACAAAAAUUAUGUUACAUCACUCUUGGAAUUUCAAACUCCCUCUAAUUCAACAGAGAGUGCCACUGAUGGUUUGAUUAAAUUGAGUAGGUACAUUUUAUACUUGCUCCUUGGAUUCGCUAUUUUGGCAUUCUUGUUUGGUGGACUUAACAUAUUUUGGAACCUUCUGGAUGUCUUGCAAUUAGUAUCUUACUUAUAAUUUUUGAAUGUUGAAUACCCAUAUAAUGUUAAAAAUUACUUUACUAUAUUUGGAUUUGCUCAAUUCGACUUUUUAAAACAAUAUAUUGAUUUGGAAUAAUACAUUAGUUAAUAUGUGAAUACACCAGAUGCAGAUCCAAAGUUUAGAAAUGAAGGGUACUCCACUGUCUUUUAUGUGAACAUCAUUACUGUUUUGACUGUAUUCAUAACAACCUUGGUCACCUUUAUAGCAUGUAGGAUGCUUUUUUCAACUUUGACGAAGAUCUCGCAUUCCUUUAUUUAUGCUCCCAUUGAUUCAUAGGAACAAAGUGUUUGUACGUUCUUCAUCUAUAGAAUCACAAGGAAUUUAUAACAAUCCCUAUUAAAAAUCAAUUAGGAAUUUAUGUCUGGUGUGAUUCGAACAUUUAUGGCUGUAGCCUUUGAUUAUAAUCUUGCGUUGUUUCUGUAAUUAAAGGAUGUGUAUUUGAGAGAUCAAAUCUUAUUUUCGAGUUUUGUGUUUUGCACAAUUGCACUGUUGUUAGAACUGGGAUUCAUUUAUUCAUCAAUAUUGUUCAUGUCGAAACCAGAUUAUGUUUUCAAAUAGAAAGUGAUACAAAAUAAUUUAGGAGCAAUUUAUGAAGGCGUUAAAUUGGAGAAGAAUCCAUUCACGUAUUAUUUCAACAUCAUCAUAUUGAUUAAGAAAAUGCUAUUUAUGAUGUUUCUAGUGUUAUUUUAUACGAUUCCUUGCAUUCAGAUUGGAUUAGUGUCUAUGUUAAACAUGGGGAUGGCUGCUUACUUGAUCAAAGUGAAACCUCUGGAUGAUAAGGAUGAAUUGAUCAAACAAGUAGGUUCUGAAUUGAUAAUUUGGUUGGCUGAAAUGUUCAUAUUGGGUUUUGCUAUUAAUCAACAAACAAAUCAAUUGGAGGAGAAUGGAAAACUUAAUUUAGGAUGGUUUGUUAUAGCCUCAACAUCCUCACUGAUAUUGUUUUAAUUGAUUAUAGAUGUAAAGUAGCAUAUGAACUUCUUGAUUCACGAAUAUGCUGUAAUCAAAAAACUGAUUGAUAGAAUUGGAUUGCUCAUUCAAAGGUAAGAACCAGAAGAGGAACAAAACAUAUUCCUUUAAGGAAAACGAAGAUUAGGAUUUGAGAACACUACUUCUUUGAAUAAUCUAAACAGUGCUAAGAAUAAUAGAUCUUCUAGCCACUUUAAAUAAGGAAGAGUCAUAACAUUUACAGUAAGCUCAAGUAGUAGCUGAAAUCCAUCCUCUUAUCUUUUGCUGUGUAUAUUAUUUCAUGUUUAUAUAUAUAUAAUAAUAUUUAAUUAA